AUGAUCAAGCCGAUCCAUACAAGGCUAUCGGAACGACAACGAAAUGACGACGACAACAAUAUGUCUCCAACUGACGACUCGUCUUCCUUUCCGUCCCUGAUUACCGAAAAUCCUGCACGAUCCCUGUCCUUUUCCGCAAUCAUGGCAAUCUGUGGAGCUGCAUUGGGUCCAUUUCUGGAUUCCUACCAUUCGGCCUUUGGAGUCUUGCAGUACAAUGAACCCAUCACGGCAACUCUGUGGGGUACAUCCGCCGACAAUCCAGCCUUGAUUACGGCGUGGUGGGUGCCAGUGCUAUUUGGAGUGGCCGGAUGGUUGAUUGGGUGGCUCUACAUUGUAUUGGACGCAGUUUUACAAACAACACCAUCCCAAAAAAGCAAAACAGACCCAUCACCACCCAAAAUUCUCGUGGGAAUCUCCCUCUUUACCCUCCAAUAUUGGUUGAGUGGCAUUUUCGUGGCCGCUGGUGUCUUGGACCGAACCGGGAUACUCAAUUUCAUGUCUCUCUAUGCAGCUAUUGGUUUUGUGGUAUUGGAUGGGACUCUGGCAGGAUUCAUCACCAGUGCUGCCACCGCUCUGGGAGGACCACUCAUUGAAGUCGGACUCUUGUCCAUGUCAAGGGCAGGAAUCAUGCCAGGAGGAUAUCACUACAAUGAUCUAGGGGAAACUGGAUUCUUUCCACUCUGGAUUAUCCCAGUCUACUUUCUGGGCGGACCAGCUGUGGGCAAUCUGGCACGGGGGUUCUGGAAUGCUCUUGGCAGCAACGACAAUGUCAAGGUGACUAGCAGAGAUAACACAGCCGGAACAGCAGCAACAACAACAAUAGAAAAGCCUGGGUGCAAGCAAUGCAACGAUACCCGUUGUGUGCCCUGUCCGAAUUGUGACGGUGUAGGAGACUAUGUCACCUAUGGCAAAUCUGUAAAGUGUACAAGUUGUUCAGGUCGAGGCUUUGUCAUUUGUAGAUCUUGUUUCGCAAGUUACAAUGAAGAUCCAAAUGACAUUGAAGCAAUACGAGACCUCGUGAGUCGCAUGCCUGAUUAA